AUCUGGGGAAGGAGGAAUCAUUUAUAAACCCUUGAUAUUGGUGCUCUAUUGUCAUGUUCUUACUUUUUAGCCCUUAGACCCGAAGUCCCAAAACCUCAAAGAAAAACCUCCUUCCAGUUGCAAGCGCAGCCGUUUCAUCCUGCUUCAUCCCAUACAACCAUCCUCCGUCACCAAUCGAUCAACUGUUUGAAAAAGUCACCGCACAAAAGACUGGCGAUAUGGGCACCCAGGGAACCACAGUGAAUGAAGAAAAGCAACCUGUCGAAGCUUCCAAAGCGUCGCCUGAUCUCAAUGAUUACAAGAUUAUCAAGGAAGGCGAAGCAGAGAUUCUUAUGCACGCCAAGAAUGUAGUCUUUUACAACAAAGCUCAGGUAAACAACAGAGACAUGUCGAUUGCUGUUUUAAGGGCAUUUAUAGCAAAGCGAAAGCAAGAGCAUGAAAUGUUUAUCUCAAAAAAAGCAAAAGCACCAUCAAAUAAUACAGACAAAUCUGGUACUGAACUGGAUCCUCCAGUCCAUUUUGAUCAGAGUAAUGGGGCACCGAGUAAUGGGUGUGAAACGACAAAAGAGAAGUCUGAGGAUGAACAAUGUAGCAUUUCAGAAGAGCCAACAAAAAAUCCAGGGGGGAAAUGCAGAGAACUGAAGUCACCACGGAUCCUUGAGGCACUAUCAGCUUCUGGUUUGAGGGCUUUAAGAUAUGCUCGUGAAAUUGAAGGGAUUGGUCAAGUUAUAGCCUUGGACAAUGAUAAGGCUUCUGUUGAAGCUUGUCAGAGAAACAUAAAAUUCAAUGGUUCUGUAGCCUGUGCAAAGGUGGAGUCUCACCUUGAUGAUGCUCGUGUUUAUAUGCUCACCCAUCCAAAAGAAUUUGAUGCGGUUGAUCUAGAUCCCUAUGGUUCGCCCUCUGUGUUCCUGGAUGCUGCUGUUCAGUCUGUUGUUGACGGGGGCAUAUUAAUGUGUACUGCCACUGAUAUGGCAGUGCUGUGUGGAGGAAAUGGGGAGGUUUGCUAUUCCAAGUAUGGUUCCUAUCCACUGAGAGGAAAAUACUGUCAUGAAAUGGCGUUGAGGAUACUCCUUGCCUCCAUUGAGAGCCAUGCAAAUCGACACAAAAGAUACAUUGUUCCCAUACUGUCAGUUCAGAUGGACUUCUAUGUGCGUGUCUUUGUUCGCAUCUAUACUUCAGCAAGUGCUAUGAAGAACACUCCACUAAAGCUGUCAUAUGUGUAUCAGUGCAUUGGCUGUGAUUCUUUCCAUCUUCAGCCGAUUGGGAGGACUGUGUCCAAGAACAACAGUGUGAGAUUUCUUCCUGGGUUUGGUCCUACAGUUCCUCAAGAAUGCAGUGAUUGUGGUAAGAAAUUCAACAUGGGCGGUCCUAUAUGGUCUGCUCCCAUCCAUGAUCAAGAAUGGGUAGCUUCCAUGCUCGCAGAUGUAAAAUCAAUGAAGGCACACUAUCCAGCUUAUGAGAGAAUCUGUGCUGUACUGACAACAAUUUCAGAGGAAUUACCGGACGUUCCUCUGUUUCUCAGUUUGCACAAUCUCUGCGCGACACUCAAAUGCACCUCCCCCUCAGCAGUGAUAUUUCGGUCUGCAGUGAUCAAUGCAGGAUAUCGUAUAUCAGGAACUCAUGUGAAUCCCCUGGGGCUUAAAACAGAUGCUCCAAUGGAUGUCAUAUGGGAUAUAAUGCGGUGUUGGGUCAAAAAUCAUCCCGUGAAAGCUCAAUCACCUGACCUCUCUGGAAGCGUCAUUCUUGCGAAGGAACCUGUUCUGCAGGCCAACUUUGCACGGGCUGUUGCAUCGCUGAGCAAAGCGCAGGCAAAGAAGGUUGCACGUUUCCUUCCCAACCCUGAACGACAUUGGGGCCCAAAACUCAGAGCAGGCCGGCAGAUCACUAGUAAACACGUUUCUCUUUUGGGCCCAGAAGCGGUGAAUGGAUUAAACAUUGAUGAAGAAGAUGGUGAAGAACCUGCAACAAAGCGUAUGAAGACAGAAGAUCCUGCUCUUGAUUCUUAAAGUUGUAAAUCUGUCUAUUGAAAUGUUUCCGCAGCAGGAUGAGCAUUUUAUUUGACAAUACAUUUCUUCUGCUGCAUUUAAUGGCACAGAGAAAGAAGCAGCCCAAACGGAUAAGUAUGGAAGGUCUUACUUGCAUCAAAAGGAAGAUCAUAGCUCGGUGCCUUGAAAUCUUGAAUCAUGAAGGAAGGUGUUUUAUUUAAUAUUCUUUUUAGAUUCCUUGCUGUUUUCCGCUAUUGUACGAACAUUUUUAUUAUCUCAGUGUUUUCGGUCAGUGAGGGCAUGAUCAAUAAAACCAACUGAUGUGCAUGUAAACAUAGUUCGUUGCAGCAUAUUGAGUUUUAUUUUUACUUUUUA